AUGUCGAGAUCAAUGUCUGCAGUCUCGAAGGCAUCGAGCUUCGUUCGAAUGCUCCGAGGUCAGCGCAGAGCAUAUUCUGCUCCGCUCGACCACUCGAUCCCGGAAUCAAAGCAGAAGUACGUACCUACUUCAGGAACCUACCCCAAAGGCUUCAAGGUAUCGGGGACACAUGUCGGCGUCAAACCCUCCAAUACCAAGUUCCCAGACCUAGCAUUCAUAGUCUCGGAGAAACCAUGCUCUGCUGCUGCUGUUUUCACCACCAACAAAUUCCAGGCUGCACCCGUCCAGAUUAGCAGAUCUAUGUUGGAAGCCAGGAAAGGAGAGGGCGUCCGCGGCGUCAUCAUCAAUUCAGGCUGUGCGAACGCCGUCACCGGAAAGAAAGGUGAAGAAGAUGCAUUAGCAAUGGGCGAGAAAGCGUCUUCCUGCUUUCCAGACGACCCAGACGACGGCCUCGGCCAUCGCAGUAUCGUCAUGUCCACUGGGGUCAUAGGCCAGAAUCUACCAAUCAACAAGAUCCUCGACAGGAUUCACCAAGCCUCCUCAAACCUCGACUCAUCUCACUCCGCCUGGCUCACGACCGCCCGCGCCAUCUGCACCACAGACACAUUCCCCAAACUGCUCUCAACGACAUUCACCCUCCCGGGCUCCGCCCAUAGAGACGUAGUAUACUCCCUCGCGGGCAUGACUAAAGGGGCUGGCAUGAUCCACCCUAACAUGGCUACCCUCCUUGCCAUCCUCUGCACCGACGCCCCCAUCUCCCCCCCAGCCCUCUCCUCCCUCCUCAAAACCGCCACCAACAAAUCGUUCAACUGCAUCUCCAUCGACGGCGACACAUCCACCAACGACACCCUCGCCAUCCUCGCCAACGGUGCCGCCGCCUUGCCAUCCACACCAGGCCCCCAACCCCCGGACUCCGCACCAGCAAUCCCCAACGACCCUAGAGACCCAGUCUACAUCGCCAUGUCCCGGGUGCUAACAGACUUCAGCCAGCGCCUCGCCCAACUCGUCGUCCGCGACGGCGAAGGCGCCACCAAAUUCGUCGAGGUGCACGUCCACCACGCGCCGUCGGUCGCGGACGCAAGAGCCAUCGCCUCGACCAUCGCGCGCUCCCCGCUCGUCAAAACCGCCCUGUACGGCAAAGACGCGAAUUGGGGCCCUGGGCGAAGGCGCGGUGGUUCCGGAGAAGACGAACGUCUCGUUCGUGCCGGUGGAGAAGAGCGCGAGUAG